AUGGAACAGUUGCAUCGACAGAUCCGCGAGUUGCAGCGCAAGAUGGAGGCGCGCGACGAGUCCCCGGAACCCCGGGACGCCCUGGCCACACCCUUCACGGAGGCCAUCAUGGCCGAGCCUUUACCCCGGGAGUUCCGAUUCCCGACCAUCAAACCCUACACGGGGGCGACGGACCCGCGGGACCACCUCAACAGGUACAAGGCGGUCAUGAUGAUGACAGGCAUAAAUGACGCCAUCAUGUGUCGCGGUUUUUGCACGACUCUGGAUGGGCAGGCCCAGGAUUGGUUCGGGUCCCUCCCGGGGGACUCCAUUCCCACUUUUACGGUCCUGACCAAGAAGUUCAUGUCGCACUUCGCGGGCAGCAUACAACGGCGAAAGCAGUUCGCCGACCUAUGUUACCUGAAGCAAGACGAGUCGGAAUCUUUGGUGGAGUACCUGAGUAAGUGGAAGAAAGAAGCUAUGGGGGUAACAAAUUUUGAUGAAAGGUCCGCCAUCCCGUUUUUCACCAAUAACCUCAGGUCGGGUCCUUUCCACAGCGACCUUGUUCGGAAUGAGCCGAAGACGUACACAGAAUUGAUGGACCGCGCCGCGGGCUACGCCAAUGCGGAGGCAGCAGAGAAGAGGGAGAAGGAGGAGGAGGAAGGUCGCAGACAAGGCGACAGGGCAUCUCACCCUCAAGAGGAUCGCCGCCCUCCCCGGUCGCGACGUGACCCGGGUCCCCAUCUAGCCCCGCUACGACACCUGACCCCGUUGACACAGCUUGUUAGCGUCAUCCUGGACCAUGCCGAGGACAUGGGCAUCGUGUCGUUCCCCAAGGAAUGCUUAAAGAUCUCCCCCAAAGCCGACCCGAAGAAGUAUUGCAGCUUCCAUCGGCAACGUGGACAUGACACCGACGAAUGUAUGAGAUCCGGGCAGGACCACGCAAAAGGCCUUGACAACACCCGAAAGAAAAAGGAUAGCACUUGGCCCUCUACUUCCGCCCCGGGCAAGAGGGAGCUCGACCACCUCACGGAGGACGAGGAGACCGAGCCAGACAGCCCACCAAAGAAGAAGAUCAUCCGUGUCAUCUUCGGCGGCCCGGAGGGGGGAGACACACCCACCGAGAGGAAGAAGUGGGCGCGAAGCCUGUACGUCGGGGAGGUCGUCAGAGCACCCCAUGAGAAGAGGACACGCAGGGAGCCCAUAGCGUUCACUGACGACGACCUCCCGGAUGGACCCUUACCCCACCGGGACGCAUCGGUAAUCAGCUUGGACCUUAAUGACACCAUUGUCCACCGGGUACUGGUAGAUACGGGGAGCUCCGUGAAUGUCAUGUAUUAUGACACCUUCACGCAACUCGGGUUAUCCAGGAAGCAGUUUUCCCAGGUUCGGACCCCGCUAUCCAGCUUCACCGGAGACUCCAUUGAAACAGAGGGGUCCGUCAUCCUUAAAGCGCAGAUCGGCACCCCGCCGCACGUGAAGACAUGGGACGUAGAGUUCGUGGUGGUGAAGAUCAGCUGCGCCCACAACAUCAUCCUUGGCAGACCUGCCUUGGAGGACCUCAGGUGCGUCAUCUCUAUGGAGCACAUUUGUCUCAAAUUCCCUACUCCCACCGGAAUGGGCACCGCGAAGGGGGGACCAGAAGAUCAGCCGGAGUUGCUACUUGAAGGCCUGCCGUCAAAUAACGAGGAAGGAUCUCCAGGUACACACAGUAACCGAGAGGGCACUCAGGGAAGAAGAGAAGCGGCCCCGCGCUGA